GCUUAAUUUACAUAAUGUCAUGACAUAAGGUGAGUAGGUAAAAACACCCUAAAUACGUUUAGAAAAAAAGAGCAAUGAUAUGCAAGAGCUAUAACCAUUUUCAGUUAGCUGAACACAGUGCAUGUAGCUAGGUUUUUAUUAUUAUUAUUAAUAUAAAUAUUAUUAUUAUUAUGUAGUAAAAUGAAAUGAGAGAGAAUAGAAAGAGAAUAGAAGAAGCUACUGUUAGAGGCCCGUUUUGCUUUUGUUAAUUGUAUAAUAAAGAAAAAAAAUGAAUAGAAUACAAAAGGAACAUAGAAGCUAGUGUUAAUUAGUUAAUGUUAGUUUUUUUUUAAUUGUUUAUUUAUUUGUCACGAUUCCAACCCUCCUCCUGCUGCGGCUAGUUGAGAAGUCUAAGAAGCGGUGCGGACACAUUAAAGUCUCCAAAAGUCUCCGGUAACACCAGAAAAACUCGCUAGAUUUGUCGCUAGUCGCUUUUUAAAAAUGUGUCGAUACUCGAAAACACUGAUCAUGCCUUAUAAAUUGUUUUCUAUUUACAAAAUUUUAACAAUAAUUAAAUAUAACGUCAUCUCCGGCUCCUGUUGUUGAUUUGUACUGCGCACGCGCGACACUUCGCGUCCUAGUAAAACACUGCGCAUGCGCACUUCAACGCUUUAACUACAUCGUGUUAACUACAAAUCGCAGCGUGAUUCCUGUCAUACUCCAUUGAAAGUUUUCAUAAAACAAAGUACAAAAUGACUGCAGUAAUUCGGAGGAUUAUCAACACUGCUGCUGCUCCGGCUGCAAUCGGACCUUACAGCCAGGCUGUGGUGGUGGAUCGCACAAUGUACAUCUCUGGGCAGCUGGGAAUGGACACAGGAUCUGGUCAGUUAGUGACAGGAGGUGUCCAGGCCCAGGCUAAACAGGCCCUAAUUAACAUGGGGGAGAUUCUGAAAGCAGCUGGAUGUGGAUAUGAAAACGUUGUUAAGACAACUGUGCUCCUGGCAGACAUGAAUGACUUCAACAAUGUCAAUGAUGUUUAUAAGCAAUUCUUUAGCAGGAACUUCCCAGCCAGAGCUGCUUAUCAGGUUGCUGCUCUGCCUAGAGGGGGCCUUGUUGAGAUUGAGGCAGUCGCUGUGUUGGGACCCAUAACAGACGCAUCCUGACUAUCCGCUGCAAACAUGCACAAAUUGUAAAACUAAAAUAUGACUGGAACCGGAUCACUGCCAGGAAUAAUUCUAACAUGUCUUUAUGGAGUAAUUUACACACAGCAAUCUUCCAAUAUACCUUUGACUUUAUAUUUUAUGUGACCUUGUAGAUUUUCUGUCUGAUAAUGAUUUUUUUCCCCACUAUUGCUAUUUUUCAUGAUUCAACCAAUUUCAUUUAUUCCAUGAUGCAGUGUAAUGCAGGUUCAUACUUCUAAUUCAUUUAGCUUUAUAAUACUGUACAGUAUUACUGUCUUGCUAAAUUAACAUUUAUUUUAAAUCAACACAGUCACUGAAUGAACUUUACGUCUCUUAGUUUUUUCGCACUACGGUGCUAAUAGUGCAUACUGUAUAAAUAAUAAAUUGUACAACCCUACUUAAAACAGUGUUUCUUUUUUUAAAUGACGCACAUGUUCAGUUUCAUGACAUUGAAAUUGUCAUUAGUGCUGCCUUCCAAAUUGGGCUACAUUUAAACCUAUGAUUCAGGAAAUACAAUAAAUAACAUAGCCUUGUGCUAAUUGAUAUCUUUUAGAAAUGUUUUGACCACAGUGUAAGUUGGUUUGUAGUCUUUUACAAAAUGUUUAUAUUGUGAUUAAAUAAAUAAAAAAGGAGAAUUCAGUGUGGA